AUGGUAUCGUCUUCAGUGACAUUCAGCGACAUGUACUUCACCAUCCGUGUUCAUGCUCAAGUUGCUGGUGUAGGUUUUAGUGGAUUUGGGUGUGAGCAUACUAUUCUCCGUAGCUACCGCAUAUCGUAG